CAAAAGAAGGACGCUAAUGCAAGGUGAGCUGCGAGCCGAGGGUUUACCGAGCGGAGCCGUUUGUUGAGCGAACCGAGGCUGGUUCAGCCUGGGAGACCGCAGCGAAGCGAGCGAACCUCUUCGUCAAAGUCACAAUACUCCCCUAACUACGGCUCUUAGCGAGCCUCAGCGAGCGUCAGAUUGUUUGCGAGCGAAGCGAGCACCACAUUGCGCGCUCAAGAUUCCCCUCACUCAUGCAUCGAUCGAACCAUCUUACCAAUCAACCAACUUGAUUGGUUGAUGGUUGAUGAUCGCUGAUAGUUUCAGGGUUGAUGAUAUCCUGAUUGUUGAUGGUUGCUCACGUUGUUCGUUCUCCUCCCUCAAGCAGACAAUCGGCGGCUAGUCCCGAUACGGGUGUUCAAUUCAAGGGUGCAGCCCUUCGGAAACUGCAACAAUCGGCCUCUGCGGGGCCUCAGAAUAAGAAGCCGAGCUUCGGCUCCUUCGACGAGGCAACCGCUGCCCCGCUGCCUUCAGAUGCCGCGACGACUACCGACGCGACGGCAAUUGCAGAGGCACCGGCUGCGCCGGAAGUGUCGGUUUCUCCUGCGGCACUGCCAACACCCUCGGUUGCCGGACCGAUAACGGCCCAACCGACCCCCAUACCGGCAGCCGUCCGAAACUUGGCGCCUCAGGCAGCGAUACCAAGGACAAUGUCCGCACCCCCAUCAAUAAAACAAGUACCACCAACCACCGUCGCGAGUACCCCCGCCGCUGUUUCCGAAGCCACCCACACAAUACCUGCACCGCUCGCAGAUACCCCAACACCGCAUCCGGCGGCGCAGACUGGGACGGCGUCCGUUCACCAUGCGGGGCUACCCCACCCGCCAACCAAUGUCAGCCAGGGACAUCACGCGCCGCCUAACCACUAUCAAGGCACCAACCAGCACCAAUGGGCGCAAGCCCAGCAGCACGCAUACGCGCGAAACGUGCAACCCCAGCACGGCAAUUCCAUGAGGCCGCCCCCAAUGCCCGGGUACCAAGGAAGGAACCCGCGCAACCAAGGGAUGCCCCUUGGCAUGUCAAUGCCACAGGGAGUACAACCGAUGGCCCCCACGUCCAUGGGUUCUCCACAGCAUAUGUUUUAUAUGCCUCAGUACUACUCGCCGGAAUACGCCAACAUGUAUGCGUUUCAACAGUACCCUCAACAAGGGUAUAUGGUUCAAGGCAUGCAGCCACAGAGCGGCGCGCCCCCGACUUCGAAUCGGUACACUGGCCCACCAAUCCUGAACCAGUCGUCUCAGCAAGGUGGCGCCGUUCAGCAGGCCACACCAGCGAAGCCUAAGCCGAGAGCCGCCAUCUCUCUCAAAACGCCGGACGGCAAAGCGUUAGAUCUUCCAAAGAGCUCAUCGGCUACGGUUACAACUAGACCGACCAUCAGCGCACCACCGACAGCAACGCCCGCGCCAGCGACUGCAGCUCCACCGGCAGCCACACCUUCGGCGCCUGCCCCCGUCAAACGCACUCCGAUCACCUUAAAAAAUCCGGAGACCGGCGAGUCGGUCGUCUUAUCCCAAGGUGCGUCUGUUGCGUCGGUGUCGAGCGUCUCUGCGCCAAAGGCCCACGCGGACGGACCGGCUGCUGUUUCCGCUCCAUCGAAGCAAGAUGAGGUAUCGGUUGCGAAGGCAACGGAGGCGUCUGUCAAAACCACGAAAGAGGCACCGGUAGCCAAGGAAGUCGCGGCUCCUGCUAUCGAGAACCCAAAGGUCGCUGAGAAGCCCGCCGUCGCAGAGGCAGCCCCCAAACCUGCGAAGGAAGCGGAGCCUGUGCAACCCAAAGCCGCUCCUGUAGUGGUUGAAACACCGAAGGUUGCAGAGAAACCUGUCGUAAAGCCCAUCCCAGCACCUGCGGAAAAGCCUGUCGAACAGCUCAAGCCCGCCGAGAAGGCAGCUUCCAAGCCCGUUGUGAAGGCCGAGGAGAAGCCGGCUGUUGCGGAGAAGGUAGUUGCGGACAAGGUAGUUGCGGAUAAGGCGGAACCGGCGGUUGUGUCAACGGACAAAAAACCAACGCCUUCCGUUCCUUCCGUUCCGACCAAGAAGGAGGAAGCACCCAAAGCAACUGAAGUAGCGAUCGAAGACAAGAAGACCAUUGCGCAUGUACCUUCGGUCGUGGACACACCCAAACCAGUUGCCGAGAUCAAACCCGAAAUGGAAACUGCACCCUCGGUCGUUGCACCGCAGAAGGAGUCCGUUGUCACCGCGAAAGCUGACGCUGGGAAGACACCAGCUGCCCCUAAGGCAACAGCGGACGCUGACGUCAAAGGGGACAAGCCUGCGAAGGUCCCAGCUACGGUCACAAGCCCCGAACCCAAAGAAAAGGAGAGCAGCUUGGAAGAAGGCGAAAUUCCGGAAAGCCCGGCACCCUCGAAGAAGUCAGUAGCCGCACCGUCCGCAGACGGUCCCGUGAAGACACCGGUUUCGAAAGCAGAAAAACCCAAGAUGAUCCGCUUGGAAACCUUCGAGGGACUCACCUACCCCCCGGAAGUGAAGAGCCCAGUCAAGGAACCCGGUCAGCCAUACGUUUAUGACCGUGACUUUUUGAUGUCGUUCCAACCCCUUAUCAAGAAGAAGCCAGAGGGGCUCGGCAGUCUGGACUCGAUCUUCGACUCGGCGGGCACCGCACCGCGCAACGAUCGGAGGGACUCCAAGGGCCCCGGAUCGCGCCCCCUGUCUCGUCAAGGAUCAACGUCUGACAUCGGCCGUUCAAGCAAUGGGCCUACGGGCAAAACCAGUGAAGACCGAUUUGCACAGAGCAUGGCUCAGCGGCACAUGGGCGUGUCCGGCGUCAUGGGGGUUAUGAGCGGCGUGGCCCCACCUAUGAACGCGCGCAUGACCCGCCAGUCGUCCCAAUCCGCUCGCGGAUCGAUCUCACGCCAGGUUUCCUUCAAGGAAACCCCGGGAGGGCAGCGCGAUUCGGGAGGGAGGGACAGUCGCGGCAGCCGAGGACCGCGCAAUAGUGUGGGCGGUGGACGACCUGGAUUUGGUCGCGCAGACACGGUUGCCGAUAUGAACCUAGAACCCGUGGCUCCGAUUGUGAAAUCCGAGAAUGCGUGGACACCGGCGACGUUGAAGAAGAACCCUACGAAAGCCGAGGGCGAGGACGCUGCCAAGCUCCAGUUCGAUCAAAUAAUGAAGAAGACAAAAGGAUUACUGAACAAGCUCACGAUCGAAAAGUUCGAAUCCAUUUGCGGGCAAAUUCUACACGUCGGCAUGCAAAAUGAACCCCUUCUCCGCGGGGUCAUCGAUCUCAUUUUUGAGAAAGCCCUGGACGAACCCAACUUCGGUUCCAUGUAUGCUAUGUUGUGCCAACGCAUGUCAAACGAGUUGCCCAAUAUUGAAACAUGGAUUGACGCCACGCCAAAGACGAAUACCUUCCGACGUGUCUUACUGAGCCGGUGUCAGAGCGAAUUUGAAAAGGGUGCGAAAUGGUCCGAGGCAGAGGAUAAGCUUACGGAACAACGACGUGAAGCCCGGACUCGCCUAGCUACCAUGACAGAUGAAGAGAAGCGGAAUAUCGCUGAGGAAGACUACGAACGACAAAAGCUCAAGCGUCGUGUACUCGGCAAUAUCUCCUUCAUUGGAGAACUCUUUAUCAAGGGCCUGAUUACGGAAAAAAUCAUGCACGCGUGCCUCGGACAGCUGUGUAAGAACGUGACUGACCCAGAGGAGGAAGAGGUCGAGUCCCUAUGCAAGCUUCUGUCCACUAUCGGUCCCCGUCUUGAGCACAUGGACGCGCAUGCCCACAUGGCUGCCUACUUCGAGCGGAUUACCGAGCUCUCGGUGAACCAAAAACUCUCGUCUCGUAUCCGGUUCAUGUUGAUGGACCUGAUCGACCUUCGCAAGGAGGGCUGGAAGGGACGUAACGAGCCCACGGGUCCCAAAACGAUCGCCGAGAUCCGCGCCGACGCUGAGAGGAAAGCCGCGGCUGAUGAAGCAGCUGCUCGGGAUCGACAGGCGUCCUCUCGUGGUUCGGGAGGUCGUGGUGGCGGUCGUGGGGGCGACCAGUACCGAGAUCGUCGCGGCGACGGGCGAGGAAGUUCGGGCCCGAAGGGUGGCCAAGCUGGACCAGAUGGCUGGAACACUGUUGGUCAGGGACCGAGUCGCACGAACUCGUCGAACAACGUUGCGAAUCCACGGGAGCUUGCAAACUUUGGGAAGAUGAAGAGUGCGGCGGGCAUUCCGUUGAUGCUUGGGCCCGGUGGAGGCCCUGGAUUUGGCAAGGGUGCGAUGGGUUGGGGAAAUAAGAAGAAGGAUGACGCUGGCGCUGCCUUGAACCGUGCGCAGAGCUCCUCCGACAAUUCGUUGACCACCGCGUCGAACAUGUUCGGUGUUUUGAUGGACGAGCGCAAGAAGUCUGUCGAUGAAGGCCGCAAACCGCCACUUGCACCAUCCAACACGUCGACGCCCACUUCUAUGAGCCCCAAGCGUGAGGAUGCCCCUAAAAAGGCAAUAUCGAAGGACGCAGCUGCCAAGAAGCAUAAGGGAAUCGUGGACGAAUGGGUUGGUUUGGGUGAUGUGAAGGAGGUCGUGCUGUCACUGAAGGACAUUGAUGCCCCCGCACACCACGACGUUUUCGUUGACCAACUUCUGAACGCCACGUGGGACAAAAAGCCUGACGUGAUCAAGAAGACACGGAAACUCGUAUCGAGUCUGAACAAGGACGGAAUCGUUACACAGGAGCAGAUCAAGGCGAUUCUACCGGGGCAUGUCGAGUUUGCCGAGGAUGUCCAGAUCGAUAUUCCAUCGCACUUCACCAACCUCGGGGAUCUGCUGGGUCGGUUGAUCUCCGAUGGGGUUAUCACACUAUGGGAUAUUCUCAAGUUCUCGGAGCCAAUCAUCGAAUCCAAAUCUAUCAAGCCCCCAGCAACGCAAAUUCUCGCGGCAGUGUUGAAAGACAUCAAGGCGGCAGAAGGCUCCGAUGCCCUGAUGGCCCGAGUAUUGGCCACGGACGAAGCCCACCCGGAACCAAUACAGAUAUCCGCCUUCUUCCCAUCAGACAAACGCGACGAGGCCACCGUCAAGAAGUGGGCGGACAAGGCCGAUCUCUCAGAGCUUGUCAGUGCAUCGACAUCAGCAUAACCUCACCCACUCCUCGACCACUCAACAUACGCAUCAUCCACUUGCUACAUCUUUCUUUCACACCACACAUCAUAGCAUGAACCCCAACAUCCGUUGCGGUCUUGUUUAUCUGUAUCUAUAUUCAACUCGUUCUUUUUCGGCCUCUUUUUUUUUUCAUUUAUCAAUGGGGUGUCCUGUUUUGGAUCCUAACCCCUCUUCUCGAGCGCUUGCCCGUUGUUGGGUUUUGAAUGCGUUGUUCUGUUGUUUUUUGUGUGCGGUCUGAAUGAAUAUAUUGCUUGUUUAUUUGUCUGA